AUGUCUCAAAAACAAAGUGCAAAAGAUAUUUUAAAAACUAUCAGCCAAGAUUCAUCUUAUCAAUCUAAAUCUUCUACUUCGACUCCUAAACCAUUACCUACUUUGACCCAUAGAACAUGUAAAAGAGUUAUAUGUAAUUGCCCAAAGUGUAAAGACAAGUUUGUUAAUCCUCGUACAAAAGAGCAACACUCUUUAACUACUAGCCAACAAUCAUCUCAAACAGAUUUAAAUGAGAUAAGACAACCAGCUCUAUCUAAAGAAUUAAGUAGUCUAAGUCAAUUAAGUGGCCUAAGCCAACAAUUAGUAACAACAAUUGAUUCAUUGUCAGAUAUAGAAAGAGAUGAUAAUAAACUUUUACCUAGCCUUGAUACCGAUAACUUAUCAUUUUUAUCAAAAAAACGCCAACAAACAUCAAAAGAAUUAGCCGAAGGUAUUCGAUAUAGCAAUAUUAAUGAAUUUGAAGAUUAUUCAGCACCGAACAUUGAUUAUAAAAAUGAAUCUCAAUCUAGACUUAGAAUACCAUCUAGUUUUGAUGAUAUAUUAAUUUGGCUAUUAAAAUUUCAAAGUGAUUUUAAAGUGCCUGAAACAGCUACCGAAAUUUUAAUUAAAUAUAUUCGUCAACUAUUAUGUGCGUUUGGUGAUGAAAAUCUUUUUAAAGAUUUUCCAACCUCAAUGUAUAUGCUUCAAAAACAUCUUAAAAUCAGUAACUUUAUAACAUAUUCAGUAUGUCCAAAAUGUGACAAACUAUAUACUAAAAAAGAGAUUGUUGAUUCACAGGAUAAUAAUUGA